GGCCACCGUAGCCUGAACAGAGCCACUCUCCAGACACAACAACAGAGGCUGCCGCUCCUCACAGUGAAACUCUGAUCUUCCUCUCGGGUAGCAGGCUCCGGCUUCCUCCACAGCUCAUCAGAUGACAGUACAUGUAGGCUGCGGACCUCACUGUUGACCUGAUCAGUUUAAUGCUACAUCAUGGAGUACCUGCUGUCGGUGAAGAUAGGAGCUCUGAUCGGUCUACUGCUGCUAACUCUGCUGUUUGGAUUCAUCCCUGCUCGAGUCAAAUGGUUCAGAGACACCAACGGGACAGAAACCCACCGCACAGUUCUGAGUCUGAUCAGCUGUUUCGCCGGUGGGGUUUUCCUGGCAGCAUGUCUCCUCGACAUCAUUCCAGAUUAUCUGUCGGACAUCAACGCUGAGCUGGGUGUUCGUAAGGUGGAGACCGAUUUCCCCCUUCCAGAGUUCAUCAUGGCUGCCGGCUUCUUCACGGUCCUCAUUCUGGAGAGGAUCGUCCUGAACUGUCGGGAGAUGCGAGGGUCUCAGGAGGAGAGGGCGCCCCUGAUAGCGGACAACAGAAACGGUCACGGACACGGACACGGCCAUGGGACGAGCCCUGACCUGGAGGGCAGCGGCCACCACGUCCACGUUGACUUACAGGCUCACUCCCCCUUCCGCUCCUUCAUGCUCUUCCUCACACUCUCGCUACACUCGGUUUUUGAGGGUCUCGCUAUCGGCCUGCAGACCACGGAAUCAAAGGUGUUAGAGAUCUGCAUCGCUAUACUUGUCCACAAGAGCAUCAUAGUGUUCAGCCUGUCGGUGAAGCUGGUCCAGAGCGCCAUUCGUCCGUUGUGGGUGGCUGCUUACAUCGGUGUGUUCGCCAUGAUGUCGCCUAUAGGCAUCGCAAUCGGCAUCAGUGUGAUGGAGGCUCAGCUAGCGGCCGGAGCGCUGAUCCAGGCCAUCCUGGAAGGGCUCGCCGCAGGGACGUUUAUCUACAUCACCUUUCUAGAGAUCCUCCCGCAUGAGCUCAACUCCCCCGGGCAGCAGCUCCUCAAGGUGCUCUUCAUCCUGCUGGGCUUCAGCAUCAUGGCCGCUCUGACGUUUCUGGGCUGAGGCUGAGACCAGUCGUCGUCUCAGUUGUCAAAAUGCGACCUGGACGCUUUGUGGCCGCUACUGCAGCUCACACAAACUUGACUUUUGUACAAAAAGACAAAGGUUGCGUUCCGAAUCGCAUACUUUUUCUUUUUACUUUAAGUACGUACUGAGCUGUCCUCACAAAGUACGUACUGUUGCAUGCAGUAUGCAUACAAUUGGGACAUACUACUUCAUCAUAACAUUGCGCCUUGAGCUUUGACCCUCUGUGCAGAGGAUUGUGGGUCAGAAUAGCCAGAAAAGCAUGCUGGCUUGCAUACUGCAAAAUAUGACUGGAUGCAGUAGGACAUCCUGGUAUUUUGUAUUAUGUAUUGGGAGAUAGUAAUGAUUUUUUGUUCAUACUAAAUAGUACGUUAGUAUGGGUAUUAGAACACACAGAAACAGUCCUCAAUAGAAAAGAGGAAGUAGGUUUCACUGCUGCACUGUUACACCCAACUGUGGAGUUUUUAAUGUCAGAGGGAACAUGACAACAGAUGUGUUUUAUUGCUUUCAAUAUACUUUAAAGGAGGAGUCCGGACGGUUUAUGUAUAUAUAAUUUCUUUUUAAGAGGAUUUUAUGUGAAGAGGAACCACUCACUGCAAUGAUAACCUUAUUGAAAGACUGAGAGACGCACAGGGGAAAGAAGAGUCCCCUCAUUUAUCACUAGCCUUGUUUUGAAACAUGCUUUGGACCUGCAAACAAAAGCAGAGCCUCUGACCUUUGACAUUAUUGAGGAAACCACUGUAAACAAAGGGCCGUGCUGUAUGUAUAAUCAAUUCAAUCAUGUCAGUGUAUCAGCACCACCAGAUCUUGUUUACAUUUUAUUUUAAACUAAUUCAAACGGCAAGCUUCCUCAUUCCAAAAAGCACUGUUUGAAGUGUUUCAUACAGUACGUUCUUUUACUGCACGCUCAGCUGGAUGGUUGACAUUAGUAACUUAUUAUUAAUGGUAAAUACUGGUAUUUUAGUGCAAUGCUUUUAGAUGUAGUUUCCAGCAUUAGGCUGCUUUUACUUCUCAUUACAAGCUGGAAUAUCAACAUUUCACACAUUUGUCCAGUAAACUAGUGUAAAUAUAAAACUGACUUCCUGAUGCCUUAAGACGUUGUAUGCAAAAAACAAGAGAAAGGAGUGGCAAUGAUGACAAAAUAUGUGGGAUUUCUUUUGAUACUGUUUGCACUUUUCCAAUAACGAAUCAAUGAUUACCUCCACAAAUGAGCGAGGCUAAUUGCCUUUUAACAACCUACUAUUUAAACAAGCUUAAACAAGCCUGUUAUUUACAUUAUGUUGACCUUUGUCCCACUUUAGUCCAGUCUCUUCCAGCCACAAAAUGCUGCUUUAUUAAAACACUUUCUCCAUGUGGUCUAGUUUUAGUUCUCUGUUUGGAUUGUAGACAAAUAAAGAAGCUUUAAAUAUCAGCACAAAGAGAAGUACAAGAUAAAGAAUUAAUUCUGCAAACUGACACUUUAUAAUAUUUUACUCGUGCACAUACUUGUAUUUGUGCAGCACAUUGGGUUCAUUCAUUCAGCCAGUCAACAAGUAUGUAAAGUCCAUGUAGCUGUAAAAUGUCUCUGUUUAGUCACAAUUCAUGUGACUAAAUGUGACGCAAUUCAUUCAUGUGAUGGUCACAUGGUAGAACAAAUAACAGGAAGUUGGAAGGUACAGCUGGUUGGUUGUCAAGAUAAAUGUCAGUGUUUUGUCAUUUAAAAGGAAUGCCUCUGUUUUCACUUUGGUGUUGUUAAUGUGCUUUCUGUCAGAAUACCAACUGGUGCAUUAUAAUGUGUAAAAAAAUAAUUUGUUUGUACGGUACAAAAACAUCAACUGUCUUUUGCAAGUAGACCUUCAUAUAUUGUUUGUGCCUUAUGACUGUUGAUCUCUUGAGAGAGACGACUUUGUUAUCUAUUAUGUAAACUUGAUCACAGUAAAGAUGAAAAAGGAG